AUGGCAGACCCGUUGAGGGAGCGCACCGAGCGGCUGCUGACUGACUACCUGGAGUACUGCGCGCGGGAUCCGACUGCCCCGGAGCCGACGCCGUCCUCGCCCGAGGCCGCCUUGCUGCGCUCCGUGACCGCCUAUAUACAGCAGCGCCACUGGUCCUUUUUCUCCGCCUACAUAGGCUACCCCGGGAAUCGCGUUCAGGUGGUGGAACGGAUGGUGAAGGCUAUGCUCUCAGACAACCAGAGACUCAACUGGGGCCGAGUGGUGACGCUCGUGACCUUCGCAGGGACGCUUCUACAGAGGCCUCCAGUAGAAGCCAGGCGGGAGAAGCAGGACAAGUCGCAACUGAAGGAGGGAGAAGACGAAGUCGCCAGGGAUUGCCAGCGCCUAGUGGCCCUACUGAGCUCUCGGCUGGUGGGGCAGCACCGCGUUUGGCUGGAGGCUCAAGGCGGCUGGGAUGGCUUUUGUCAGUUCUUCAGGACACCCUUACCGCUAGCUUUUUGGAGAAGAUUGCUGUUCGAAGUUUUACUGUUGUGCUUUUUAGCAACGGUCUUCAUCUAUUUCUGGACACGACUUACUAGGAAUGUUUAA